AUGCCGCUGUUCGCCACGCGCCGGCUCCUAUCCGCCGUGCUCGCUCUCGCCUUCCUCGCCCUCUGCUACAACUACGUCCUCGUCGACCCUCACCACCUCUCGCGGGGCCUCCGGACCACCACCGGCGCCGGCACCAUGGGCUCCUCCGACCCGCCGCGGGUCCUCCGCCUCGCCGUCCUCGAGUGCGACUCGCCCCAGCCCCAGACCCGCGAGCUGUACGGCAACUACACCGGCGUCUUCACCGCGCUGCUCUCCGCCGCUGCCGAGUCGAGCGGUUCGCCGCCGCCGGGCCUGAGCGCGCUCGUCUCGAUCAAGGGCUACGACAUCGUCAACGAGCUGCACACAUAUCCAGAUCUUGACGAAAUCGACGCCGUCCUCCUCACCGGCUCGCGCCACAACGCCUUCGACAACGACCCGUGGAUCAAGAACCUCGUCGACUUCACCAAGCGCGCGCUCGACACCGACGGCCGCGUCAAGGUCGUCGGCAUAUGCUUCGGCCACCAGAUCAUCGGACGUGCGCUCGGCGCCAAGGUUGGCAAGAGCGACAAGGGCUGGGAGGUGGCUGUGACCGACGUCGAUCUCACACCCGCGGGCAAGGAGAUUUUUGAUCUCGACAUCCUGCGAAUCCACCAGAUGCACCACGACAUCGUCUUUGGCUUCCCGGACGGCGCCGAGCCCCUCGGGUCCAACGCCUUUUGCGACAACCAGGGCAUGUACUCGCCCGGCCGCUACCUCACCGUCCAGGGCCACCCCGAGUUCACCCCCGACAUCAUCUCCGAGGUCCUCUUCAACCGCCACACCGUCCAGAUCUUCACCGACGAGCAGUACGAGGACGGCAUGCGCCGCGCCACGGUGCCGCACGAUGGCGUUGCCGUGGGGAGGGCCAUCCUCAAGUUCAUGCGCCAGCGGUAA